CAUAUGUCAUCUGAGCCACGAACCACGCACGAUGAUGCCACACCAGGACCGACUGAAAAUCAAGAGCCAAUUAAAGGAAUUCUAAAACGGCCAUCAAUAAGGCAGAAUGAGGCGAAAGAUCAGGUUGUGCCGACGUUUACUCAUCGACCAUCGCCUGAUCGAUUUCCGGAGAAACCAGGAACCCGUAUACCGAAAUUAUCCGUCACAUGGUGGGAGAAGAACGCCGUGGCGAUAUUCGGCGAUACAAGUGAUGAAAAUAAUACUGAUUCAGAGCAGUUAUUUAAAGAUCUCGGCAAUGGAGCAAGUAACGAAACUGCUGAAGAAAGUUGGGUACCAUAUAAUGAUUCUUAUAUAAUUCCAGAUGAAAAUGACGAGCAUGAACAUCGUGACGAUGCAAUGAGUGUAGCCAGUUCAACAGGUUCAGCUUCUUCCAGUGUAGUGGGACGAUGGUGGACGGGAAAAGAUACCAGGUAUGUCCCACAUUGCCAGAAACGUGGUUGCAAUCACAAUCAUGGUGAAUUAGGGGAAUAUCUCACCCCCACACAACGGCGGAAUAAGGAAAUCAGUGAAUUGAAGAAUGAGUUACGAGCCGCUAUAAAGGAGCGAGAUGAAAAAGAACGGCAUUUGGAAGAACUACGAGAGCGAAUAAAAGAGGUUGAAGUGCUCAACGUAAAACAGGCCUCGUUGUCCGACAGUCAUCGUCUGAUGUUGCGAGAACGAGAAACGGCCGAAGCGUAUGAACGCGAGAAAAAGCAAAUGGAACGAAGGCAUGCUGUCCGUGUGAAUCAGUUAGUACAGGAAACGUUGACAGCCAGGGAUGAAAUCGUUCGAUUGACAGCCAGAAUCAAAGAACUCGAGAAGGCUACCAACAUACAGCGUGUUGAUUCAGAAACGAUGACCGAUGCAGUGCAGAUGACAAUGUCUUCACCGAUGCUGACAUCACCGCUCUGUGUGUCAGUAGAAUCCAAGGUAACUGGUCAGCCGAUGUACUUGAGCCAGGAAGCGUUGAAUCACAUGCAGGCAUGUCAAAACGAGGCGUUCAUUUGGAGGACGAAAGCCGCGCAACUGGAAAUUGUCGUUAAAGAUCAGAUGGUGAAGGCAAGUCGUAUUGAGGAGGCUUUACGAGCAGAGUUGAUGGCAGCUCGGGCUGGGCAGUUGCCUUUGGUGGAAGAAGUCAGAAUGAGAAUUCACGAGUUAGAAGAUGAUGUGACAGCUCUACGGCAUGAACUGGAAAGUAAUGAAAAGGAUACGAUGCAAAAAGCGAUUGCCUACAUGGAAGAGAGAAUGCAAGUCUAUCAGAAUACGUUGAUGGAACAUGACCUUAUUAUCAGUGAUGAGAACAGCAGUGACUGGCGGAAAGGCUUCGUGGAUCCAAGAUAUAGUGUUAUGGUUUCUAAACGGGUUCAAACAGAUCUGACCUCAGAAGAUUUGGCGAGGCAUGAGACUGAGUUUAUGACCACGAAAAGGAAACUUACGGAGCUUCAUAACGAGUUCACUAUUAAUCGUUCGGAUCUCCAUGGCCGAUUUGAAGAAAUCGAGAAGAUCCUUCUCACGAAGACCCAGCUCGUUGAGACCUUAUCGAAACAACUUGAGGAAACAUGUCGUGAUCAGCGUCAGCAGAUCGAUUCCCAUCAGGAAGAGCGUGAAGCUUAUAAAAAAAAACUCGAAGAAAUCUCUGCUGUUGCCGAAAAGGUGCCACUUUUGGAAACCCGUAUCGAGCAGCUGUUGAAGUCACCGCACAGCCCUAUUUAUGUAACAAGCAGUCAGAGUUCCUCCUAUUUGGGAAGGAGGAUAGGAGUACUGCAAUUAAUUGAUGAUAAAGAUUACUUGUCCUUCUCUUUGAGUAAUUACUUUCAGCAAGAAAUUGCAAUGCACAUCAAGGAGAAAGAUGAACUUAAGUUGAAGUCGAAACUUGAACGAGCUGACCUUGAACAUCGUCUAACUAGCAGUAUCGAUCAUGUGGCUAUGUUAAACAGCCAGAUGAACAAAAGCAAGCGAGACGUAGAAUGUGAAGCUCGUCCAAGGCACGUCAGUAAGUAUGUUGCUUGCAGGCCGAACUCAAGAAGUAAAUCUACUACUAUCACAAAGGGAGAUCUAUUUGACGAGAAUGAGGAGAGAUUAAAAUUGUGCCAAGGUGAGCUGGCCACGACAAGAAGGCAAGUUCAUGUGCUGCAACAGAAACUCAUCAGCGUCAUGCAAGAGAAGGUUCGUCGUAAACUAUCUAAGUCAGCACUGGUCCGCAGUGAACGCGAACGUAUUCGGCAUCUUGUUAGUGAGUUCGAGAACGUCCGUCGUGAGCUGGACCAGGAGAUGAGCCGUUAUCAGUCCGAAAAGAUAUGGCUGAAAUCCCGCAUUCACAAUCUUGAAACGGAUAACGAAGAAUUACAACGGACAAUUGAAGCCAGGAUGAUUGUGUAUAUAUUUCAGAAUAUUCUCGAGACAGUUAUGAUGGGAUGGGAGGCGGAUGAAAAACAGAAUUUGGUUCGAGAUUUGAAGCGUUCGCGUCAAGAACGUGAGGUGAUGAAGACAAGGAUGAAAUUCGAAAGUGAGCCUUUUAGCAGUUUUUACCUCUACUCUCGAUUUUCCACAUUUUUCAGGUGGAAAGAAAAGUGUGGUACGAUGUUCCGUGAGUUGAAUGCUAUGAGAUCCGGCUACCAACGUGCUCAAGAAGAGCGUCGUGAGCUCAAAAUUCAACUGGCAAUGUUGCGUGGUGAAUUGGAGAUGACAAAAUGCCAGAGCGAGAGGCCUUUCAUGUCGUUGAUGUUAGGUGAGCAAAACUUCAACAAUUCUGAAGCAAUAUUGUUACAGAUUGCCAACCUAAAGGCUAGCACAUCCAAAGACUCCUCUGAUGCAAGUACUGCUUUAGCAGAUGUAAGUGCUAGAUUAGAGUUAAGCCGGCAAGAGAAUGCGAUUUAUGAGAAGAAGAUUCGUGACAUGGAGGAGGAGAGGAAAGAAAUGUACCUGGUUAUGUUCAAGAAAGGUCAGGAGGCUGCCACAAUGGAUAUGAAAGAGAUGACCCAAGACCGUGUCGUGCUUCGAUUUCUCCAUGAUGCAUUUUACUAUUACCUUUUGAAUAAAGGGGAUUCGAAGGAACAUCUACAGGUACUCUAA